AUGGCAAAUAAAAAUCAUUCAAAUAUUGGUAAAAUGGCGCAAAUCGUUGAAACUUCAAAGGAAAUUUUAAUCCAACAUAAACGAGUACAUACCGGAGAAAAAUCAUAUUCAUGUAAUGUGUGUGAUAAAAAAUUUACCACCAAAGGUCGUUUGAUGAGACAUAAACGUAAUAGUUCUUGUAAACGAAUUCAUGCAAGUGAAAAAUCGUAUUCGAGUUGUGUUCGAGAUACAAAAUUUAUCGCUCGAGAUUGCUUAAUUAAACAUUUAAUAUUAGAAGAAAAAAAACGAAUUAAUCUGAAAGAAAAUAAUGCCUUUGGAAAUGAACACAGUGAUGAAAUAUCAAAAGAAAAUUAUUGUUAUAACGACGACAUAUUAGAAAAGAUUUCAGACGAGAACAAAUCAUACUUAUGUGAAAUAUGUAAGAAAAAAUUUACUUCAAAGACAAUUUUGAUCCGGCAUAAGCGAAUUCAUACUAAACGAUUUUCUUGUAGUGUUUGUGAUAAAAAAUUUAUUGACCAAUCAAUGUUAAGUGUACAUAAACGAGUCCAUACCGGGGAGAAACCAUACUCUUGUGAUGUUUGUGAUCAAAAAUUUAGAGCCCAAUACACGUUAAGUAAACAUAAACGAGUCCAUACUGGAGAGAAACGAUACUCUUGUGAUGUUUGUGAUAAAAAAUUUAGAGCCCAAUCCACGUUAAGUAAACAUAAACGAAUCCAUACUGGAGAGAAACCAUACUCUUGUGAUGUUUGUGAUAAAAAAUUUAGAGCCCAAUACACGUUAAGUAUACAUAAACGAAUCCAUACUGGAGAGAAAUCAUACUCUUGUGAUGUGUGUGAUAAAAAAUUUAGAGUCCAAUCAAUGUUAAGUGAUCAUAAACGAGUCCAUACCGGAGAGAAACCAUACUCUUGUGAUGUGUGUGAUCAAAAAUUUAGAGUCCAAUCAAUGUUAAGUGAACAUAAGCGAGUCCAUACCGGAGAGAAACCAUACUCUUCUGAUGUGUGUGAUAAAAAAUUUAGAGCCCAAUCCACGUUAAGUAUACAUAAACGAAUCCAUACUGGAGAAAAACCAUACUCUUGUGAUGUUUGUGAUAAAAAAUUUAGACUCCAUUACUAUUUAACUAUCCAUAAAAGAAUCCAUACUGGAGAGAAACCAUACUCUUGUGAUGUUUGUGAUAAAAAAUUUAGAGUCCAAUCAAUGUUAAGUGAUCAUAAACGAGUCCAUACCGGAGAGAAACCAUACUCUUGUCAUGUGUGUGAAAAAAAAUUUAGAACCCAAUACGGGUUAAGUAAACAUAAACGAAUCCAUACUGGAGAGAAACCAUACUCUUGUGAUGUUUGUGAUAAAAAAUUUAGAGCUCAAUUCACGUUAAGUAUACAUAAACGAAUCCAUACUGGAGAGAAACCAUACUCUUGUGAUGUUUGUGAUAAAAAAUUUCAAAGAAAAUACUAUUUAACUAUGCAUAAAAAUAUUCAUACUGGAGCAAAACCAUAUUCUUGUAAGAUUUGCGAUAAAAAAUUUCGGUUAAAACCCACGUUAAUUAUACAUACACGAACACAUACUGGUGAGAAACCAUAUUCUUGUAAAAUUUGUAAUAAACCAUAUGCUUCAAAGGCUGGUUUAAAUGGACACAAACAAGCAAUUCAUGUCGGAGAGAAACCAUAUUCAUGCGAUAUUUGUAAUAAAUCAUUUAAAUAUAGCCAAAGUUUAGCGAUCCAUAAAAAGGCAUUUAUUCAUACACGCGAAAAAUCAUAUUCAUGUGUUAUUUGUAAUGAAAAUUUUUACACACUAAGAAUAUUACUAAGCUCUUUAAUUCUACAUAAACGAAUUCAUACCGGAGAGAAACCAUAUUCUUGUGAUGUUUGUGAUAAAAAAUUUUUACGAAAAGACCAUUUUACUACCCAUAAAAAUAUUCAUACUGGAGCGAAACCAUAUUCUUGCGCUACUUGUAAUAAAAAAUUUGGAGAUUCAAGGGGGCUAAGUGCACAUAAAAAAAGAAUCCACACCAAAGAAAAGCCAUAUUCAUGUGAUGUUUGUGGUAAAAAAUUUAUGCUUCCAUGUUUGUUAAAACGACAUCAUUUGAAAGGAAUCCAUUUUCCUACUAGAGAAAAAACAGUUAAAUGUGAUACAUGUGGUAAAAAAAUUCCCAAACAAAGAGUGAUUUCACAUGUACGAUUAUUCAAUUAUAAUCACAAAUAA